AUGACCUCGGAUUCAACGAUCGACGCUUCUUCCCGUUCAAGAUCCCCAACUUGUCCGUUGAUCCCUCUUAUCUAUCGUGCGCAGCCUAACCUAGGAUUGCUAUACUUUAGCCACGUCCAGCUUCGUAACUACAUCAGUACCGCAGAUCCCGAUCGCAUUUAUGUCGUUGUCGAGAGGAUCGUGUACGCUAUACACAUAUCGGCGCAGACGCGAGCGAGUAUAGCCUUGAUUCCAUUUGAGCCACGUUGUCUGGCCGCGGGGCAUGGGUGGAUCGCCGUCGGAGGCUCAGAUAAUGGAGAAUGCGCCUUUAUUCGAAUAGGGGAUCGAGGUAUGCAGGCACAUGGCGAAGCGCCCUCAUUCCAGACCGACGUGGACAGUGCGCUGCCACUGGAUCUCGACCCACCGUCGAGAGUGACAUCACCCGACUCCAAUGGCGACUUUGUACCGACUCGUUAUCGAACCGGUAGGCUACUACCCGAAGUAGAGCUGCAUAGGUUUGGUGGGAGUAUUGUCAACUCCGUGACGAUCCAUCGAUUCUAUGGCGGCGGCGAAGGCUUGGCGGAUGAGGAUGUCGUGGUUCUGAGCAACAAUGACCGUACAGUCACUGUAUAUUCAAUGACCAGGGCGAAAGUCAUCAAAACCCUUCAUCACUCGACCUGCAUGAACUACGCCACAAUUUCCCCGGACGCCAAAUUGCUUACCGCAGUAGGCGAUGAGAACCACGCCUAUUUCUAUGAGAUCACCAGAGAUUUAGAGUCAGUUGGAACAACCGAAUCUGGAGACAAACUUCCAGGAUGGGAAUGGGAGCUCACCAAUUGUUUGGAGAUGGACAUUGGUUUACGGGCAGAGGAUGCGUGCUGCUUCGCUAUCGCCUUUUCACCCUCCAGUCGGUUAUGCGCUAUAGGGUCCCAGUCUGGAGUCAUCACGGUGAUAAAUGUUGCAUCGGUCUACCAGUCCAGUGGCGAAGAACGCGUCUCACCGAUUCUUUGCCAAUUCCCGGCGUCGAGAUCAAACGCUGAGGGCGGAGCUGUGCGCUGUAUGACAUUCUCACCAGAACCUUGGGAUCUUCUGGUGUGGCUGGAGGGCCAUGGAAGAGCUGGAAUUGCCGAUGUUCGUCAGCACUUCCUGCGUAGGCAGAUUAUUCAACUGGACUCCCAUGAUUCGCAAAUGGAAAAGGUAUACACGGACUUUGCGACAGAUGGUCUGGAGCGACAACGACCGGAAGAUCGUUCCUCAGAGCGCGCACCGCAUGCGAGAUCAGACGAGGAUCCUUUGGCUAGGCGAAAUGGCGAGGAUACAGAGCGUUCUUCAUUGCGAGAAUCUUUGAUCCACGAUCUUUCCGAGAGAGAAAGGUUGAUCAUGGAAUUCCUAAAUACUGCACGCUGGACAACAAUGCCAGAAGAAGGAACAACUGAGCGACCAGGACAUCCACUUAGGGCAAAUGUUCACACCGAGUCAGGGACUCGUCCGCGAAAUCAUGGUUCCACAGAUGGUGCCACUCGUACCCACCGUCCCACUUCACCCCUGCAUCACUACGAUCUUUCUGAUGUUUCCCGAGAUAGCCAUUCGGGCCGUGCUGUAUCCAAUCCAAGACGCCGAAGCUCAGUGAUAUUGUCUCAGGGAAACCUGUCCGGAGCUACUUCCUCUCAUCAUGAUCAUCCAUCAAGCAUAACUCUCAGCUAUUCGACGUCACCCUCAGAGGAUCUCAGUCUUACAUCAGAAAUCAUAGCCCGGGCCAAUGCAGGUAUCGAUGCGAUUAAUAACGAUAAUCGACACGCCACAGACCCAAACAACACUAGCCUUGGUAUCAAUGGGGCGAACCGUCGUUCACAGCGAGCAGCAGAGCUUUCACGCCGUGUUGAACGACUUUCAGCAGGAGCAGAAAGAGGAUACGAUGCCUCGCGCCUGGAAACCUAUGAAAUUCGUGCCAAUGUAGCCGCUGAGCGGCUACGGCGCCAGCGUCAGAUUGCAAAUGAGGUACACAAUCGCUCCUUUGAGAGUGAGCAAAGACAGCGCCAACAACUACUUGGUUUCGAGCAGACACAUUCCCCCCGCUGGAUCCGAAACAUAAUCAAUGACCUCCCUGAUCGAAGCUCCCUGCAUAACACCGGGGCCGAAGAACCAGACUCUACCGCUGGAAUAGGCUGGGGCGCUGAUGGUCGUACAUUGUACAUUGCCACCUUGGAGGGAAUAUUCGAAUUCCAACUUAAUAUUCAUGACCGGAAGACCUUCCCCGUCUUCUCCUGCCGCUAA